CUUCACUCUCCUCUUAUUUGCAUCGAAUUGCUGUCCGACCGGUCGCGACUCGUACAGCGACAUCUUGAAGCUGUUGACACGUCGGCCUGGAGAACAGCGAAGGAACGCGUGGCUUCAAUCGUUGCGACUGCGCCGAUCGCGCCUCAUAUCAGUCAACCGUAGCAUCCCGGCCAUCACCGCCACCACUAGUAGCACCAAGACGUCGGCGAAUUUGUUUACAUCUGUCAGACUCGAAGAGAUAGUAUCCCAUCGUGCGCAUUCAAGGCCAACUCUCUGGACUUUCCAUCAUUGAAUGGAACCUCACCGGCUCGCAAUAGCUGCCCUCGGUCAAGUCGCACAGGCCAUGACUCCGAGCACGAGCACGAGUCGCGAUACCGCGGAUAAAGUCUCGUCGAACGCGACGGGUAUCGACAUGGAACCAUCUACGACGAACAAUAAGAUUGUCGACAAUGCUGCAGGAACCCAUCCGCUUUCACAAAGAUCCUCACAAACUAACAAGACGAUGGCUCGAUAUGAAAUUUACGAAGAGGAGCACGAUACCGCAGGGUCAGGUCGCCGAACAGCAUCUAGUAAUAACUCUCAGUCGACGACCGACAGCCACGAUAUCGUCUCUACGCCUCCAACCUCAUCUACCGAGGCCUUCUCGUCACAAAGCACGAAUGCCGACAGCCAGCUGUCACAGUUAUCUCAACUUUCGCAACUUGCGGCACAACAACCACCUUUAAGUAAUGAAGGUCCGACGCGACCGAGUCUCGCCAUUCCAGCAUCUGCUGGUCAAAAGAGGACAGCCGAUGGACAAGUGAAGGCAUCAUCAAGUUCACCGGACAGUGCGAAGCCUCGAGGACACUCACGAAACACAAGUACGGUCAGUAAUGUGUCUUCUGUCGCCAGUAGUCGGAUUGGAGAGCUUUCUUCUGAACUCCGGACGCGUCUCUCUUACGCCAUGAUCAAAGUCAACAAUGGAUGGCAAGCGAAUACAAUUGAUGAGGUAGAGACGCUUGCUUCUCAAGCUGGAUCUCCAACCUCCUCUUCUUCGACUCUACAGGGUCGUCGCAAUCAAAUAACUUCUCCACGUACCGCAAUUGCGAAUGUACAAGGGCAACCAAGUAACAUGUCUUCGGUUUCGCAAGCUCAUACGGCCGAUUUCGAUUUAUACUCUAGGAAUGAUCCUCCAUCUCGAACAUAUGAGUCUUUCUGGCGCGACCAUUCAACCACAAGUUACCCAGCUCCAAGGACGGCCCUUCCUCAUGGACCUAUCACUUCUCCGCCAUCUACUUCUCUAGGACCCCCCGCUGAUAUUCGUCCUACUCCUACGUCUCGCAGAUCUGGAACUCCCAAAUUCAGCAAACCACCCACCCUCCCAAAUCAUGGCUCUAACUCGCCUUACAAUGCCUCAGCUCCUCGCACACCGCACCGUUCCGACCUGAGAGAGAACGCUACUAUGCAGACGCCCACGCAGAAAACAAUUCAAGAGCAGGAUGCGAUUGAAACUUUGUUGUUCAUGAGCAGUCCUGGAAACUCGGGAAAUAUGGGUCAUGCGUUUCCACCGCCAAGAAAUCACGGUUCACCUCAGCAGAGCCCCUUACGUGCCGAGUUCAACGUCCAUGCCAGAGUUGCUCCAGGUAGAAGAGUGGAAUUCGAACCUACAGCCACUAGUGCCAGCACAGAGAGUAGUGAAGCUGGAGCUCCUGAGUACAAACGCCACGUGAGAGGAAAGGUUGUCACGAGAGACAGAAUUCGAGGACAAGCUAUUGACCGUCUUUUGGAUGAGAUGGGUGACUCAAGCAGUGACGAGGAAGAGAUACCCUUGAACUAUUCUAGUCCAAGACGAGUCACUGCUGGAAGGGUGUGAUAGCAGCCAAGUGGCUAUAUUUGAAAGUAAAUACAUUGAGACGACUUCUUUUGCAUAUAUGGAGUUCUUGCCUGCAUCUCUAGUGACGCAGAGCUUUUUUUUGUGGGCGUCACACGAUACCCUUUGAUACUGUUACUUUCAGCUCAAGGCUACG